CUCGUUACAGUUCUUUCAAAGCUUUCGAGAGCUUUGUUUUGCCAUUCACACAGCCACGAAAAUAUUGCCCUUUCGUGCUUUGCCUUGUCUUGUCUCUCAUGAAUAUAUGUAAACGACGAUUUUAACAGUGAAAUACGGACGCCAAACUUGAUGUUUUAUUGUUUGAUCAUGUCGACGGCGUGGACGGGCCGCCAAGGGGAAGUGGGUGAUCUGUGCAGCAAGAGUAAAGACCAGCUCUUGGAGAUAAUGUCACGACAAGAAAAGCUACUGUCUAAUAAGAGAUUUAUUCAGAGCCUUCCAGAUAAGGGAAAGAAGAUUGCUGACUUUGUGGAGAAAGUACACCUUGCACUUGCACAUCUGGAAGAGGAGGAGAGAAAACAAGCAAGUUUAAUCUCUGUCCGGACAGAGUUUCAGGCUAAAUAUCAGCAUGCCUUUGCCAAGCGUAGCACAGAUAAGCAUUUAGAAUCCAAUUUGGACAUGAUUAUCCCAUCCCAUGGCAGAAACAAAGCCAAUGUCAAUAUCGAUGCGGCUAACAUACAGGAAAAUGGUGGUCUGUUGGGCCAAGAGGAGUCUUUGACAUCCCAGCCGGAGGCUGCUGAAACACUAGCCUCACUGAUGAAAGACACAGAGCUUGUGGAGGCGUUUGGACGAGUAACCGUUGAUGAAAGUAACAAUGGCUCCCACCAAGACACCAUAAAAACCCUGUCUCCUAGUAAGCCCUUUCAGCAACAGAAGAAACCACACUACAUAGAACUUCUGGAGAAGACAGAGAAAUGUGUGAAUAUGAGGAAACCCAGAUUCAAACCAAACCAGUUAGCUGUAAAAUCCGAGUCUUCAUCACCUAGUCAGGCCUCUGGCAGCACCACACCAUUUACUGCAGAGGCCAGAAGACAACGAGACCGAAAACACCUGGAUGACAUCACUGCGGCCCAGCUUCCACCCCUGCACCACAGUCCUGCCCAGCUGCUGUCAUUAGAGGAGUCGACUGGCCUUCUGCAAGAGCAGACUAGAAGACACCUGGAGUUGCAGGCCAAACAAGCUGCCCAGAAGCUGGCAGAUGGUCUGAGUUUCAAGAUGGAGAGUUACAACCCAGAAGGAGGCCCACUGGCGGCCUACAGGGAGGUGCAUGAUGAUGGGGCCCAGCUUUCCUCAGAGGAGGACUGAUCGUGGGGCCCUACAGAGAGGGCACUGGCUUGUUGAUAUGUUUGGCCCCUUGCCCUGGACCAGCUCUAGGCCUAGAGCCCAUGCUUCAGGACCCUGGAGAGAGGCUUUCAGCCGGAAGACAAGAGGAGGGCUCUUCAUGAACUGUGCUGACAAUGUCUUAGAUUUUGCCAUUGAAGAUAAAUAACAGCAGGUUGAAUCAAGUUAAGAGUUAUUGUGUGAAAACCGGCUGUUUUUGCAUGUGGAAAUGUUACUGUCCAACAGUAACCGAUUAUCUUGGCAAGCUAAUGCCAAAAAACCUGAUACCUCGGCAGGUCCACACCUGUUGUCUUGUAUAGAAUAAUAUAAUUCAAAGCUCUUAUCAGCCAUAACUUUAAAGGUGUAGAUCGUGUGUUAUUCUGAAGAUGGUAAUAGAAUAUUUUUGUAUGACCUUUUUUAGUGUUUAUUUAAAAAACCCUCUGAAUUGACCUCUAAAGCUUGUGAUUGGUUCUUUGAAUCAGAUAACAGAAACCGCAGUUUUAUAAACUAAAGGUGGAAGCACUUAAUGUUUUGUCACUUGAGUGCAACAGCCCGGGAAAUGUCUGUCUCCCUCCCUUUUUGCAGCAUUGUUUUGAUAAGCGCCCCAGUGGUUUGAUUGGAAUGAGUCAGCUGUCGUUUGAAGGGAGGGAUGUUGUUAUCAGUGCAGAAAUCUGUGACAUGCCUCAGAUGAUUAAUAUAUGUAAUGUGAAAUAUCGAGGCUUGAAGGAAUUAGACCAAUUGGUGGAGUACAUCUGGAUUUUAUUUAGAUCAUGUUACUGCAUGAAGUGGCAAUGCAUUCUGGGAUGGCAACAGAUAGACAUGACAUAUGGUACAUGCAAUUUCCAAAGCCAUGAGCGCUAAUAAAAAUUCUUAAAAUUCACUCUUUUAACCUCUCAGGAUGUAAACAACGUAUUUUCUUUAAAUAUUAUUCAGGAACCUUUAUUUUUAAAUGGUGAAAAGGGAGCUUGAAGAGGGAGGAAAUCCAAAUCUGCGCCUCUCUGCAGUUGAUGACCUGUGAUAACCUCUAGUAAUUGCUUCUGCCCGUUGAUGGGAACUGCUGCCUCAAAAAAAGAUCCUAACACAUCUGGCAGGUUAGUGUUUAGACACCGUGUGUGACGAAUUCCAGAGUGCCUUAUCCAGACGUCUCGUGAUAAAUAUGUCAGACUUGUCCAGAAAGAAUCUCCUCUCUAUGUGGUAUUAAUUAAGUCUACCUUACAUACAGAGGAAAAAAAGACUGUUAUCAAUUACACACUAGAUUCUCGAGCUGAUCUGAUCCGCUCAUGAGUACAUAGAUAUGCUUGAGUUGGUCUUAAGCAUGCGUCCCAACAGUGUCUUUAAAUUGUUUUUUGCUGCAGUUUUUGCUUUCCACAUGCCCCCACACCCAUCGUCUCGGAUCAAUAAACAUCUCGUGGAGUCAUCUGCAAGUGGUUUUCAUCUACCGCAAGUGUGAAAUCAUGCCCUCAGAGAAUGGGCAAAAUUUUAGAGCUGUGAACAGGAUGAAAGGAUACUGUUUUUGCCAAUGAAAACACAUUUUAAUGCAGCAGAGAAUAUGAACUAAUUACGCAGGGUAGAAUAAAGUUGGAAUAACGCAUUUCUCUGCUCUCUUGCUACUUUAUCUUAUUUAAAAGCAUUUUGAUUCAUCACUGCUUUGAGACAUAAAUUUGUCUUUGUUCCUCUCCCAAGCCCUUUCUCUGUCUAAUCUAGAUCUAGUUUCACAGUAAAUCUAAGCUCUAAUGAGACUCAGAGCAGGUCACAUACUCUAAUGCAGAACAUUUUGGCUCCAAUGUCCCCCUUUCUCCAAGACAGUUUUUAAAGGCCCUUUUAUCUAAUCUGAUAUGUAGCUCUUGUACUUCUGUUGUAAUACAACCCGAAUUCCGGAAAUGUUGGGACAUUUUUUAAAUUUGAAUAAAAUGAAAACUAAAAUAAUUUCAAAUCACAUGAGCCAAUAUUUUAUUCACAAUAGAACAUAGAUAACAUAACAAAUGUUUAAACUGAGAAAGUUUACAAUUUUAUGCACAAAAUGAGCUCAUUUCAAAUUUGAUGCCUGCUACAGGUCUCAAAAUAGUUGGGACGGGGGCAUGGUUACCAUGGUGUAGCAUCUCUUCUUUUCAAAACAGUUUGAAGACAUCUAGGCAUCGAGGUUAUGAGUUUCUGGAGUUUUGGUGUUGGAAUUUGGUCCCAUUCUUUCCUGAUAUAGGUUUCCAGCUGCUGAAGAGUUUGUGCUCGUCUUUGACGUAUUUUUCAUUAAAUGAUGCACCAAAUGUUCUCUAUAGGUGAAAGAUCUGAACCGCAGGCAGGCCAAUUCAGCACCCACUCUUCUACUAUGAAGCCAUGCUGUUGUAAUAGCUGCAGUAUGUGCUUUUGCAUUGUCCUGCUGAAAUACACGUCAUCUGGAGGGGAGCAUAUGUUGCUCUAAAACUUUUAUAUACCUUUCAGCAUUCAUAGUGCCUUCCAAAACAUGCAAGCUGCCCAUACCGUAUGCACUUAGAACACGCUGGAAAGUCUCCCUCCUCUUUAGCCCGGAGGACAUGGCGUCCGUGAUUUCCAAAAAGAAUGUCAAAUUUGGACUCGUCUGACCAUAGAACACUUUUCCACUUUGAAACAGUCCAUUUUAAAUGAGCCUUGGCCCACAGGACAUGAAGGCGCUUCUGGACCAUGUUCACAUAUGGCUUCCUUUUUGCAUGAUAGAGCUGUAGUUGGUAUCUACACAUGGCACAGCGGAUUGUUUACCGACAGUGGUUUUGGAAGUAUUCCUGGGCCCAUUUAGUAAUGUCAAUGACAGAAUCAUGCCGAUGAGUGAUGCAGUGUUGUCUGAGGGCCCGAAGACCACGGGCAUCCAACAAAGGUCUUCAGCCUUGUCCCUUACGCACAGAGAUUUCUCCUUUUUCUCUGAAUCUUUUGAUGAUGUUAUGCACUGUAGAUUGAGAUUUGUUAAGCCUUUGCAAUUUGACUUUGAGGAACAUUGUUUUUAAAGUAUUCCACAAUCUUUUUAUGCACUCUUUCACAGAUUGGAGAGCCUCUGCCCAUCUUUACUUCUGAGAGACUCUGCCUCUCUAAGACAUCCCUUUUAUAGCUAAUCAUGUUACAGACCUGAUGUCAAUUAACUUAAUUAGUUGCUAGAUGUUCUCCCAGCUGAAUCUUUUCAAAAAUUUCUUGCAUUUUCAGCCCUUUGUUGCCCCGUGCUAACUUUUGAGACCUGUAGCAGGCAUCGAAUUUGAAAUGAGCUUAUUUAGUGGAUAAAAGUAUAAAAUUUCACCGUUUAAACAUCUAUGUUCUUUAUGUUCUAUUGUGAAUAAAAUAUUGGCUCAUGUGAUUUGAAAGUCUUUUAGUUUUCAUUUUAUUCAAAUUUAAAAAAACAUCCCAACAUUCCCGGAAUUCAGGUUGUAAAACAAACUUAAAUAUUCAGUUUAAUGUUGUAUAUCUCUAUUUUGAAUGUUUUUGUUUUAUAAUAUUUUAUGUUAUAGACUUAUUUAAGUUUAAAACGAAAGUUUGUCAAGGGCCCCCUGGUUGAGAACCACUGCUCUAAUGGUUUAAUUUAGAUUACAUUACAUUCAACCAUGUCAUUGAGUAGUUCUGUAGUUCAAAUCUGCCUGGUUUUGAUAGAAAUAAUUAUACAGUGCUUAGUUGCAAACCAAUGAACUUCCCAAGAAGUCAUCCUAUUUUUACUACCAGAUAUAGGCUAAUUAAGACAAUGAAAAUGAUUCCGCUUUUUAAUCAAUACAUUUGCUUUCAAGUCCUUUGUUCGAGUGUGGUUGUGAUACAGUGGUUGCUAAUGCGGGAAGGGUGUGUCAGUGCUUGAAUGAGAAACCUCAAUAUUGACUGUUGUCUGUAGAGAUGUCUGGAUUAAAUGGGAAUGUUGUGAAUGAGGGUGCUGUUGAAGAAAUACUGUUUAUAUCAUUCCUGAUGUCUUCCAGCAAUGUGUCAUAUGAUCAGGAAAGACACGACGACCCCACGUCUGCUCCCUCAAGUCCAUGUGAAUAAGUGCAAUGACAGGAAUAUCUAAGUGCACAAACAAGGACUGAGAAAGCUUAUCUCUGCUCUCUUUAUUACUUGCCUUGUACUAACAACCCUAUACUGUGGUACGAUUGUUUCAGAUAGUAAUGCUAUAGUACUUUGACAUACAUCAUAGUAUUCAGUGAUUGCCAUGUUGUCAUACUUUGUUUUUUACAUACAUCCCCCGGCUCUUAAUGCAUCCUUCUGGAGCAUCAGUGAGCGUUUGAACCUUCUUUAAUAGAUGCAUAUGAGUCACUCAGUUGUCCUCAGUGUGAAAAGAUGGAUCUCAAAAGCAUACAGUCAUUGUUGGAAAGGGUUUAAAUACACUAAAUGCUAAAAAAAACAAAGAAUUUGUGGGACCUGAAGGGUUUUUCAGAAGAACAGCAGGCAGUUGAACUGUUUAGGACAAACAAGGGACUCAUGAACAACUGUCACUAAACAAAAAAAAACACAGCUGUGGAUCAUUCAGGUAACAACACGGUAUUAAGAAUGAAGUGGAUGUAAACUUUUGAACUUAUUUUCUCUUGUGGACUAUAUGUAAACAUCUUAUGUGAAAUAUCUUUUUCAGGUCAGUACUAAAUAAACAAUAACAUGCAUUUUGUUUGAUCCCACUUAUUUUGGUAAAAUAAUUAACAUUUUGCAGAUUCU